CACACCUCACACAGGAGAGAUCGGCUAAAGAGCCGGUUUCGGCAGUCGGUCACCGACCCAAGCCCAAAAUGCACGGUGGAAAGAAUGUACAGGCAGAAACGAUGCCGGUAAAGACAGUAUGGAUGAGGGAACGAAGCCAGGUCAGAAGAACCACAUUGCAAUGUGGGGUCUGGUGUUGAUCUUUGUCCUCGCCCGUAGAGCAGGUGCGAUGGGGAGAGCUUCGAGGCUUGGCAGGGAGGAAUCGGGAGCGUUUUUGGCUACUAGCUUAACCGUAACCGCUCGAAACACCCUAAGAGCUCUCCAUCCUUCGCACUUUCACCUCCAUCGUCUCCAGCCGCGUUGCGCCAUCGAUAGAGUCAAUGGUCCGCUGCACUCGAUUUCGCGGUAGCGCCUACAAGCGCCUGCAGGGACCGCGCUGCACUUUCAUCAUGCUAAAUUAGUCAGGGAAGCACUCCCGUUACGGGCGCUGGAAAGGCUGGCAAUUAGACCACCGCUCAGAGGAAUAUUUUUGCUUAUACCCUAUGUGAUAUUGCCUUCUUGCACGUGAGAUCUUUUUGGCACUGCUGAAGGCACAAUGUAC